UCAGCUCCGGUGUAAUGCUAACGCAAAUCCACUGCCCACGGACUUUACAUGGACCAGGUUGGAUGGGCAAUGGCCUGAAGGUUUAAUGUCUUCAAAUAAUAUUCUGCAUUUCAACCGUCCAUUGACUUACAAUUAUGCUGGGACUUACGUCUGUAAGGUGACCAAUUCCCUUGGACAAACAAGUGAUCAAAAGACGAUCUACAUUUUAGAUCCUCCUACUGCUACUACACGACCACCCAUGCUUCCAGGGCAUCCUUCAACUGAUGGCAUCAGAGCUUUAGCAACAAAACCAGAACUAAUGCAUUUUCCAACAUCAACCUUGUCUUCCUUCAUUGCUGGCAAUCAGGGUACCAUCAUCGCUAGUGCAGUGGGUGGAGCUCUCCUUAUGAUACUUGUAAGUGUUUUGGUUGGAGUUAUCUGCUAUAGGAGAAGAUGGACAGUCUGUGGUUACUACUUUGCUAGGAACUACAUUCCACCAUCAGAUAUGCAAAAAGAGUCCCAAAUAGAUGUUCUCCAUUCAGAUGAUGUGGACUCUCAUCCUGACAGUAUAAAAAAAGAAAUAAAACAUCCAGUGAACAGUCCAACAUCAAAAGAUUUAGAAGAUCAUCUGGAAGACAAUCCAGAAUGGGACAAUUUAGUCAAUACUAACAGAUCACAAGAAGGGUAUGAAAGACCAAUGGAAGACGGAACACUGGGAAGGAAGGACAUGGGUGGUGAAUGUUACAAUGACAAUGAAGAUGACAAUCCAGAAUGGAACAAUUUAGUCAGUUUUAAGAGAUCCCAAGAACAGUAUGAAAGACCAAUGGAUUAUUAUGAAGGAGGAACACUAGGAAGGGGGUACAUGGGUGGUGAAUGUUACGAUGACAAUGGAGAAGACUUUAUGUUACAUGUAGAUGGCUCAGUAAUAUCCCGGAGGGAGCGGUAUGUGUAGUAACCACUGAUACAGUUCCAUUCAUUAGUUGAUCACUUUCAGGUUGCUCAUAUUUUUACUUGAGGAAAAACAAGCUUUUUGAAGUUGAUUUUCAAGCUUUUGAUAUUAUAAAAAUUUGGGUUAAAUGUAUCUGAGCUGCUUUAUGAUUUUUCAAUGCUGUACUACUGUCUUUGAAAAUAUUGGAAUUUUGAUGCAUAAUGCUUUAUUCGUCUACUGCACACGUAAGAACCAAGUGCUAAAUUAAAGUUACCAUACAACAAUGUUAGAGUUAAAAAGCAGCUGUCUUGGCUUUGCGAUUUAAAAACAGUUUAUCUGAGACUAUGCUCAAGUAUAAUCUGUGUUAAGCACGUGCUUUAUUAUAUAUUUGUGUGUAUACACACACACUUACUUUAGAGAAAAAAUGAGUGAAUUAGUCUCAAAACUGAAGUUAAUCUGAGGUAAAUUCAAUUCUUAAAAGUAUUUUUUACGAUAAAAAAGAACUUGGAUUUGCUUAAAUCUGUUUUUUUUCCAAAGGUAUAUUUUACUUUUCUACACACAAAUGAAUACCUCUUUGUUUUAAUGAGCCUUCCUGCAAUGCACAGUUGGUGAUAACUUUUUAAAAAGAAAACAUGUUGCAUUGAAAAAGUUAGAAUUCUCAAUGAAGGCAUUUUAGAGGCAUAACAAUGAAUAUAUGGAAGGUUUUGUCUUGUAGCUGAUUUUUGAGAACUAUUUGUUACACUACAGUUCAUUUCCAAUAAGUAUGAUUACAGUCCAUGUAUAGAAUUAGUCAGCUGUAAUCCUGCACUUCACAUGAGAUCAAAACCGGAUUCUUGAACUUAAGAGAAUUUUCAACUAGAAAUAAGAUGAUGCCAGGAAAGUUUUCACUGGGAUUGGGAAAUACAAGGUUAGGUCUCAUUUCAGAUACAAAUUCUAAGCGUAUGGGGGAAACAAAUGGAGUGAAUGUAGCUAAGAUAUAGAAGUUU